UCGCAUGCAUGCACAUGUCUGUGUGCCCACUGCUUAACAGUCACAUCAGUGAGGCGCUGUACUUCCUCUGACUCCUGAUUAAGAAGAGGGGAGCCAGUGGCGGGGAUGAGUUAGCUCUUCGUUGGCAUCAAACAGUGUGUCAUAGAGAUUAUACAAACCUGCUUAUUAGCCACAGUCUUCAGGACCUUAUAUAACAAUGGGUUUUCAUGACCAUUGUUUUGAAACACAACAGUGGUAUUGGCUGUGCUGAGGACUCCUGGCAGUGAUGCUCUGUGUCUGCACUUCACCUAACCUGACUCUGGACUUCUGUAAUGAGAGGCUGACCUAGAUGCUGCUCAGUAAUUCGCACGUCUGUGCUUCCCAACCCCUGCCUCUCUCAGAAUACGCGGCUGAGCAGACACAGCGGGCACUGCACGAGUCGGUCUUCAUGGCAUCCUUGUCCACCCACCCUUCCCGGGACCUCCCUCUCAGCAGGGAGCAGCACUGCAAGCUGCUGCCGGGCGUGGCUGACAUCCAGGCAGAUGAGGUGGCCCGAUGGACAGUGAAUGAGGUGGCUGAGUUUGUACAGUCUCUGCUGGGCUGUGAAGAGCAUGCCAAUUGCUUCAAGAAAGAGCAGAUUGACGGCAAAGCCUUCCUGCUUCUGACACAGACGGACAUCGUCAAGGUGAUGAAGAUCAAACUGGGCCCAGCACUGAAGAUUUAUAAUGCUAUCCUCAUGUUCAGGGAUUCUCAGGACCUCACCGAAGAGGACACUGUCUCGGGCUGAGAAGUCAGGGGCUAAAUGCACUGCCCGAGCUGCCACCUUGCUGGGACCUGGUUCUUUCAGCAAUAAAGUUGGCCCGCACUGAUUUGAUUUUAAUGCCCCUGUGGUCAUAUCCAUAUUUAAUCUGGACCUUUUAAAUGGCUGUGGCGUAUAUGUUUAGAGGGUUUUGAUAGCUGCUCCAGGGCCAACAGCACCAAAGCCCAGGCAUGCAUACAGUUUGUGGAUAACCUUGCCUUCAGUGGGGCCCUUUCAGCUCUGUUUGUGGGGCCACAAACAGACCAAAGAAGCAGCUGCAUACACCUUUAUUCUUCUCCCUUGCCAUAAAAGAUGCUACUUCCCAAUUCGAAAGCAUAAAACUCACAACUGGUAAAAUAGUA